GCUCGUUUGCACUUGCUCUGGUUUUUAUUCUGUUAUUAUCUGCUGAGGGUAUGUAACUGGGUAUUUCUUGUUUUACUUUUCUUUUUCAUUUAUUUCUCCCAGAGAAAGAAGAUGAGCGACGGACGGAAUAUAGAAGCUGGGAGGAAUCUCAACGUUUCCUUAAUCGCAGGUUUAAGGUCUUAAAUUGAGAAAAGUUAAAAGGAAAUUCCACCCGUGUCUAUAUCAGCUCUUGAAGCUGUGUGGCGACGGAAAGAAGAGAAUUGAGAAGGACAUUGAGCGCCAUGGAUCGAGAUACGAAUGACAUCGUGUACGAGGGAUCCGAUGGGAAGGAGAUGGGGAGGAACGGUUCUGGUUUCUCGGACAAGGAGAUAACGAUCAGAGAGCCGCUCCUGCUGAAGAGGAGGAUAAACACGACCUCUCAGAUCGCCAUGGUUGGAGCUAACGUCUGCCCUAUCGAGAGCUUGGACUACGAGAUUGUGGAAAACGAUCUAUUCAAGCAGGACUGGAGAUCAAGGAAGAAGGUUCAGAUAUUUCAAUACAUUUUCCUGAAGUGGACUUUUGCACUCCUUAUAGGAUUGGCCACAGGGCUGGUCGGUUUUUUCAAUAACCUCGCAGUUGAGAACAUUGCCGGAUUCAAAUUGCUGCUGACCAGCGAUCUCAUGCUUCAGCAUAAGUUCUACCAGGCAUUUGUAGCGUAUGCUGGUUGCAAUAUGGCUUUGGCAGCAGCAUCUGCAGCCCUCUGCGCUUACAUUGCUCCUGCAGCUGCAGGUUCUGGUAUACCAGAAGUGAAAGCAUAUCUCAAUGGCGUGGAUGCUUAUUCCAUUUUGGCUCCCAGCACCCUCUUUGUCAAGAUUUUUGGUUCCAUUGGUGGAGUUUCUGCUGGACUUGUUUUGGGUAAGGAGGGGCCUAUGGUACACACAGGAGCAUGCAUAGCUUCAUUACUCGGGCAAGGAGGUUCACGCAAGUAUCACCUGACAUGGACAUGGCUCAGAUAUUUCAAAAAUGACCGGGACCGGCGGGACCUGAUCACUUGUGGGGCUGCUGCUGGAGUUGCUGCAGCUUUCCGGGCCCCAGUGGGUGGGGUUCUCUUUGCCCUUGAAGAAGCGACUUCAUGGUGGAGAAGUGCUCUUCUUUGGAGGACUUUUUUCACUACAGCCAUAGUCGCUGUGGUAUUGAGAGCUCUAAUACAAUAUUGCCGGAGUGGGAAAUGUGGUCUAUUUGGGCAAGGAGGCUUGAUCAUGUUUGACGUUAGCUCGUCCAUAACCACAUAUAGCACUCAAGAUCUGCUAGCAGUCAUAGUCCUUGGAAUCAUAGGCGGCGUUUUUGGAGGCCUUUACAACUAUCUAUUAGACAAAACCCUUCGCACUUACAGCAUCAUUAACGAGAGAGGAGCUCCACUCAAAAUCCUCCUCGCUAUCACCAUCUCCCUCCUUACUUCAUGUUGCUCUUAUGGCCUUCCGUGGCUCGCCAAGUGCACCCCCUGCCCCACGGGCUUGAAGGAGCAAUGCCCUACAAUAGGCCGCUCCGGCAACUUCAAAAACUUCCAGUGCCCUGCAGGCCAUUACAAUGACCUUGCUUCCCUCUUCCUCAACACUAACGAUGAUGGCAUCCGAAACCUUUUCAGCUCUGGCACAGACUCUGAAUUCCACAUUUCCACUCUCUUCAUCUUCUUUGCCGGCGUCUACUGCCUUGGCAUUCUAACAUACGGCAUUGCUGUCCCCUCUGGCCUCUUCAUCCCAGUCAUAAUUGCUGGUGCUUCCUACGGCCGUAUUGUGGGAACCCUCCUCGAGUCCGUCUCCGAUCUUGAUGCGGGCCUCUUUGCGCUCCUCGGAGCAGCCUCCUUCCUUGGUGGCAGCAUGAGGAUGACGGUGUCAGUCUGCAUCAUACUGCUGGAACUCACCAACGACCUCCUGAUGCUCCCACUAGUCAUGCUAGUCCUCCUCAUAUCUAAAACCGUAGCUGACUGCUUCAAUAAGGGUGUCUAUGAUCAAAUUGUGAAAAUGAAGGGGCUGCCUUACCUGGAGGCCCAUGCAGAGCCCUAUAUGAGGCAACUAGUUGCCGGCGAUGUCGUGUCCGGCCCGUUAGUGAGCUUCUCUGGCGUGGAGAAGGUGGAGAAUAUAUUACAUGCAUUGAAGAUGACUGGGCACAACGGGUUUCCUGUGGUCGACGAGCCACCUUUCUCAGCCGCACCAGAGUUAUGUGGGCUUGUGCUGAGAUCUCAUUUGCUGGUGUUGCUCAAGGCGAGGAGUUUCUCAAAGGAGCGAGUGGAGACCGGGCAGGAGAUCCUUCGAAGAUUUGGUGCAUUUGACUUUGCCAAGGCGGGGUUGGGGAAGGGAGUAAAACUGGAGGACUUGGAGAUAGAUGUGGAGGAGAUGGAUAUGUAUGUGGAUCUACAUCCUAUCACUAAUUCAUCUCCAUACACAGUGGUUGAGACCAUGUCUCUGGCCAAGGCUAAACUGCUCUUUCGAGAACUCGGGCUCAGACAUUUGUGCGUGGUGCCUAAGACUCCAGGGAGGUCUCCAAUCGUCGGGAUUUUGACACGCCACGACUUCAUGCCAGAGCACAUCCAAGAUCUCUACCCUCAUUUCAAAUCCCCCAAGUAGAGCAAGCUAGCGACUUGGAUGCAGGUUUGAUGUGCUCUACUUUUUAUUAUCAUUACCAUUUCUCCAUCUUUCUUCUGGUUUCAGAAAUCAAUGAAGGGUUGGUUAGCCUAUAUGUGGUCAGGGUUAAGGAGGCUUGAAAUGCCAUCCAUAUUGUGCAUCGGGAACUAGUGAAAGUUUAGUGAGUGUUUCAACAUCAGGGUUGUUGCAUUUAUACAUAAGUGGUGGGAGAAAAGUGAUAUUAUCUUGUUAUGAGCUUUAGACAAAUAUUAUAACAGGAACGAUUAACCAUCUUGUCUUGGUUAAGCAAUUUUGUUUGAUUUACUUUAAUCUUUUUUAUUUCCUUAGCCUGAUAGAAGCUAUGAAUUUCACGAUUGUUGUUCAAAACGUGGCUGCGUAUUUUUGGUUUAUAUGGGAUCUAUGAUCACAACCUUAUUAUGGUUGAA